AUGCAAAUCAACCGCUCCUCCACUAUAACACUCGCACUUAUUUUGGCUGUUACUCAAUCAACGACAUCCCAUCCUAUUCAAAGCAGCAAAUGGGUCAAGGCAGAACAAUUCCAAGAUCUCAAUGUCCGUGGAAUAUGGAAAGUCUUUGAGAAAGGUCCCUACAAUCUAUUACCUAGCCCACCACCCGUCAAAUACAACUGGAACCCAGCAUGGCCAACCAAGCAAAACAAUGAACCAACAGAGCAAGACACACCAAAUAAUCGCUAUACAACAGGAACUUCCGAGACGGGGAAACCAACCAUCUCGAUCAUGAUCCCAGCGUCCCCAGAAAUACCCGGGCAAAUACACAAUGACUACAACCAGCAUACGAGAGAAAACCAGGGACAUCACUCCUCGGAAGACCAGGAGAGCUCAGUCAAACCACUUGCCACUCAGAAACAAAGUCACUACAGCAAGAUUAUACACUAUAUGCACACAAAAAACGCUCUAAAGAAUGAGCACAAACAUACCACGCCUGCAUCUUCCUCCCACCCCUCAUCAAACCAUUCAAUCUCUUUCUUUGCGUACCGUUUCUCUUUUAAACCUUUCAGAUCGAAGGUCAUGACGUUCCCGCAGGAUCCUCUUCCAGGAGUUUUUACGACAGUGAUUAUUCUCCUGGUGAUGGUUUGGGUUGCUAUUUUCACCAUUGGGUUGCUUGAAUUGGGGAACUAUCUUUGGAAGCGGAGAGCAGAGGCUUUCGCUAGGGAAAGUGAUCAGGUUCCAGAUAGUGAGGAGCGGGAUGUGGGUUUGGAUGAGACGAUGAAGGUCCCCUUGAGAAUAAUUAUUGCUCCUUCGGAAAGAAGCCGGCCGCGCUUCGUGGGAGAAUACGGCUAUGAGUUCCUAGAGUCUAUUUAUAGUGGCGAUGAAUCGGACUCGGGUUCAGAAUCGGAUGAGGAUGAUUAUCGUCUCUUCUGA